UGUAUGAGUGUGUGUGUGUGUGUAUGAGUGUGUGUGUAUGAGUGUGUGUGUGCCAUGACGUCUCUUCUGUGUUUCGUUUUGCCUCGUGCGUUGAUUUCAUCACAGUUCAGUCUUUGGUGAAGGAGGAGAGACUCUCACUUCAUCUGCUCUUACUGAGACUGUGUGUGUGUGUGUGUGUGUGUGUGUGUGUGUGUGAAGUGUGACUUUAAUGCUGUGGUUCUCCUUCGGAACUGGACGCGACUGGAACACACUGGAGUGUGAGAUGGACGCAGCGAAGGCGACGUCUCGUCCUGAUACACAGACACAGCAGAUGAACGUCUCAGGGAAUCAGACGCAGAACAGGACGUGUGUAAACAUUGAGGAGAGUCCGAUUAGCGACUUGCUAGUAGGCAUCUACAUCACCGCGCUGGUGCUGGGCCUGGUGUUUAACCUUCUGACGGCGUGGCCCAUCAUCCAGCAGAUCUGCAAGAAGAACGUGCUGGGCGUCUACCUGCUCUGCCUGUCCGUCUCAGACGUCCUGUACAUCCUCACCAUGCCGCUGUGGAUCCUGUACUACUCCAACGACCACCACUGGACGCUCCACCCCAAGCUGUGCAAGCUGGCCGGCUUCGUCUUCUACUCCAACAUGUACAUCAGCAUCUACCUGCUGUGCUGCAUCUCCAUCGACCGCUGCCUCGCCGUCACCUUUCCUCUGAAGAUCAAGACUUUCCGGCGGUACAGGUACGCCUGGGUCAUCUCUGGGUUCAUCUACGUCAUCACCACCAGCCUGCACUUGGUGGUAAUCGCAAAAGACAACUUGGACCCUCUGGAUGACCACAAGCGCUGUUACGAGACGUAUCCCAUGACGGAGCCCAUGUCCCUGUUUAACCUCCUGCGCGUGGUCAUCGGCUUCCUGCUGCCGCUGCUGGUGUUGGCCGUGUGCUACUUUCAGAUCUUCAGGAAGGUGAAGAAGAGCGUAGGCCUGGACGAUCAGGGCAAGCGCAAGGUCAAGCUGCUGUCCGUGGGAGUCAUCGCCAUCUUCUCCAUCUGCUACGCGCCCUACCACAUCCAGCUGCUCGUGCGCUCCAUCGCUUUUAACACCUUACAGUUUACGGAUUACUGUAAGUUUGAACAAGAUCAACACUUUUACUUCUCUUUCACUCUGGCCAUGUCGAGCCUGAACAGCAUGGUCGACCCGCUGCUCUACGUCUUGGUGAGUAACGGGAUGCGGGAAAGCGUGUGGAUCUGCUGCGGCAGCAAAAGCUCCACAGGAACCUUCACCAGCAGGAAGUGUGAAAAGACUCAAACAGAACGGAACUCGCCCCAGUUAACGGGAACUUCCAGUGAGAUUACAGUGAGAUUAGCGAGGUGACCUUUAACCUUUAGCCUCUGACUACAAGCAGAUGCCGCGUCACCGUCCGCGCUGUGUAUUAAAGAGAGCAGUUUUGUUUGAAACACUGGUGGAUAGAAUUUGAUUGGUCUCCUGAUGUGUCAGUCACAUGACCUCUUUCUAUGUAAAGAUUUGGGGCUUGUUAGUGUUUUUAUAACAAAAAGUACCGAGAGAUUCAGGAAAGAAGUCUGAAAAGGAGCUGAGAAGAGCUGGUACAGUUCAUUUUCCUGCAGUGGAUACAGGAGUGAGUGUGACUAAGUGUGUGUGUGUGUGUGUGUUCACUGUAUAUUGUGAUGAACCAGCGUGUUGAGUAUACUUCAGUAAAAAAAACAUCAUGACUGAUGAUAAAAGACUGCAGAAGUGCAGACAGGGGAACUUCCUGUUUACUGACGAACGUGUCACACCCUGACGUGAACGCAGCACAAAUACAUCGCGUGUGAACCAGACAGACGUGUUCAGGAGAUUUUAAUCUUAUUUUUUGUGUUCAUGUGUUAAUCUGAACACUAUCCUCCUGAUGAAGGAUGGACUUACACUUUCUAAAAUCCUUUAAAUCUCUCCUACACACAAGUCUAAAUUCUCAGCUCCAUGUGGCUCUUAUUUAUUAAAAAUAAUGUUUUUGCUUCAUUCAUUUUUAUAAACUUUUAAAAUGUUAAGAAUUUUAAAUAUCACUAUUUAAAUAAGUGUAAAAUGAAUCUCUCUAAACUCCAAAUAAACUCCAUGUUUCUUUGUGUGUGUGUGUGUGUGAGACAAAACACCAUGUAUAUGCACCUGCUGCAGUAAUGGAGAUGUGUGUAAAGCGCCCUCUGCUGCCUGAGAGAAAAAUUACAAUAAAACAACAACAAUUUAUUUC